CAAUUCGAAGGGUAAAAUCGUCCAUUCACAAAAUUGUCUUUCUAUCAACUCUCAAGCUCCGGUCUCCGGACCGUCCUCUUCUCUCCACCACCUCCCCCAUAAUUGUCGCUGUUUUUUAUCCGACAGAAGAGGAUUAGAAAUUAGAAAGCAAAAUAGAAACACACACACACACAAAUAUCAGAUAUUUUUUUUUAUUUUUUAUUUUUAUGUUUCAAUCAAUACCCAUUUCUUUAUUUUUAGAAAGAACCAAAUUCUGAUUUCCCAUUCCAAUGGUCGAAAGAAGUAGAGAUUAUUGAGAAAAGAGAUAGAUUCAGAAAUAGAAAGAUAAAAGAAAGCAUCUGCCAUCUCUUCUCAUCUUCAAGAAAUAGAGAGAUUUCUGGCUUUUUCGAGUUCACCCCUUUCAGAUGCAGGGAAAGGGGUUGCUUCCGGUGACCUCAAAUCCAUGGCUUUUAAGGUCGUCUCCGUUAGUGCAUUCCCGUUUUGGGGUUUUAACGGCUUUGAUUCUUCUCAGUAUGGUAGCCAUUUGGAGUAUCGAUGGUUCUAAUAUCAAUACUGUCAUUGAAGCUUGGCGUUCUCCUCAAGAUUUCGUCUCUGUUUCUUCUAAUUUCACCAAUACCAAUACCCAUGAUUCCAAUUUCACCCCAGUUAUCUCUUACAAACCCGAAAUAAAUUUUUCAGAAUCGGUUUUGAGUGAACCCGUUCCGCCGCAGAAUGCCCUCGUCGAGCCUCGCCGGAACCAGAGCAAACCGGCGGUUCACCAUGACUCUGUCUCUGAUUGGUUUUCAGCUGAACUCGAGCCGAAUUUCACCUCCCAUCUUCUUGCUCUUUGGUUGGCUCCUGGCGGUGAGCCUUGCAGAGACUUGAAGACGACGGACAUCGCUAUCUCCGGCAUGGAAAGUCAAAGUCCGGCAAUGGUGACGCUUUCAACAGGAGAUGUUCAUGAGUUUCGAUUCCAAGCUCUUGAUGAAUCUGGAAAUCCUCGUUGUUUAGGUGGAGAUUAUUUUGAGACUGAUCUUUCUGGGGAUUUGUGGAAAUCUCGGCCGUUUGUUAAAGAUUUUGGUAAUGGGACUUACUCGUUUUGGCUUCAGGUCCACCCUGAUUUCGCCGGCGAUUAUAAUCUUACUGUGAUUCUUCUAUUUCGACAUUUCGAGGGGCUUAGGUUUUCCCCAACCCGAUUUGCCUACGACCGAGAACUUCGUAGAAUCAAAGUUCGAUUUGUUAAGAAUUCGGUUGUGUUGCCGGAGAUUAAAAUGUGUCGGAGCUCUGAUUUCAGUAGAGAUAUUUGGACAGGGCGGUGGACUCGUCACGGUCAAAAUGACCAAUGCGAGAUCAGCGAUGACGGCCGCUACCGGUGUUUCGCCCCAGAUUAUCCUUGUCAAAGCCCUUGGUGUAAUGGCCCAUUAGGGUUGUUGGAGAGUAAUGGAUGGGUUUAUUCUGCUCAUUGUUCAUUUCAAAUGUUUUCUAGUAGUUCUGCUUGGGAUUGCUUGAAGGGUAGAUGGAUUUUCUUUUGGGGUGAUUCGAAUCAUGUCGAUACGAUAAGAAACCUUCUUAAUUUCGUGUUGGAUUUGCCUGAAAUCCCUGCAGUUCCGAGGCGAUUCGAUAGGAAUUUUUCGAACCCGAAGAAUCCUUCUCAAACGGUUCGCAUUACCAGUAUAUUCAAUGGGCAUUGGAAUGAAACACAAAACUAUGAAGGUUUGAAUUCAUUGAGAAAUGAAGGGUUUAGAAGUCUGCUGCAGAAAUACUUCUCAGAAGAAACCGUUCCCGACACAAUCAUCAUGAACUCGGGCCUCCACGAUGGUGUUCAUUGGUUAAAUAUCCGAGCUUUCUCCGUCGGAGCAACCUAUGCUGCAUCUUUCUGGAAACAAGUUUUGGAAUCCAUUAAGCAGAGGGGUUUAACAGUCCCAAAGGUGUUCUACCGAACCACGGUCGCAACCGGUGGCUACGCUCGAACGCUUGCCUUCAAUCCCAACAAAAUGGAAAUAUUCAACUGGGUAGUGCUGGAGAAGUUGAAGGAAGCUGGGAUCAUCCAUGGCGUGAUCGACAACUUCGACAUGACAUUCCCUUGGCAUUUCGACAAUCGGUGCAACGAUGGAGUCCAUUACGGGAGAGCACCAGCAAAGCUGAAAUGGAGGGAUGGCGAAAUAGGGCACCAAUAUUUCUUAGACCUCAUGUUAGCUCAUAUUCUUCUCAAUGUACUCUGCACAUGAUAGAUCCAAACCAAGAAGAAGAACAAAACCCGAAACUCCAUUGUUUUGAAUUAGCUUCAGAAACACACUCUUUGGUAGAACUUAAGGAAAAAGAAAACGGCUCUAAUGGAGGAAUUUCCAAGUUAAUAAUGAGGAAUCGAACAACCUCCAUUGGAAUUGAAACCAAAACCUAAGCAGCAGCAACUCUUGUUGGUAUUUUGCUUUGUAAAUUUCGUUUGGGUGAGUGGUGAAGUUAAAUUUAUACAGCCUAAAGUUUGUAUUUACUUACAUAUUGGUAACUAAUAAUGUAUAAUUAUUUGUUAUUUUUUUCUCCUUA